AUGUUGAACUUCUUCGGUUUGGUUUCCCUCUCGUUAGUUAGUCUGUCGUGGGCUCAGGGAUUACCAUCGCGCACCUAUUUGCCUCCACCGGUUACAGCUUCAGCUGCCAAUCCUGUCAUGGAACCCAUCAUAACCAAGCAAUUCUUCAGCAUCUCGCCGGCGGAAGAUCCCGAGGAUUUGGAGCCAAGGAAUAAGCAUUUGGUUAUUGGGCAACCUCGACGAAAUUAUCGUGUGAUAUUCAUAAGGGCACCGACGGCCAAUAGUGAGAGAUUGAGAUACACAGCGGAACUGGCACCACAGGAGGAGCGUACGGUCAUCUAUGUACUCACCAAGAAGCAACACGAACUGGAGGCCACGGAUAUUGUGACCCCACGGGAGAAACCCCAGGCGGAACAGAAACCAGACAUCUUUUUCAUCAAAUACAAGACGAACGAGGAGGCUGUCGCUGCCCAAAAGGAAAUUCAGACGCAGUACGAUCAGCUCGGAGGGAAUAGUGAGAUAGCUGCACCCUAUGUGGCACCUGUUCAAUCAGUGAUUGGAGCUCUCAAUCCUCAACAGACAACGCCCUAUCAAGCUCCCUCCCCCAGCUUCCAUCAGUCACCGCCAAAUCAAUCCCCUGGCUAUCAUUAUGAUAGGCCAUCGCCACCUUCCACGCUCUUGGCGCCAGUGGAGAGGUCGUACUGA